AUGGCGCCAGACCUCCGUCGCAAGCGUCUGCCGGCAAACGAAGGCCGGGAAGAGAACUAUCUUGGUGACACAAAAACAGUUCACUUUCAGGCAUUUCGAGGGGUUCAUGAAAAGCUGCAGGAAAAUGGACGAGAGGUGGAGCGGAUGCUGCGUUGUGCGCUGGAGGAGCAAGGUGGAGCUUCGGGGUUGCCGAGGAACGCUUGA